AUGGGAUAUGGCAAAUCGGUCCUGCUGUCAUUGAGGGUCCUGGCCCUGAUUGUGGCACUAGGAGUACUAGGACUAGGUGCUUGGUCCCAGUUCAUCAUUCGCGAUAUCAAUGUCCGUGGUACUGAAAUCCUAGAGAUGGUCCAGCCAGAACCGCAAAUGGCGCUGCUCUGGAAGAACUACUUCGUCACGGUUAUAGAUGGUGCCAUCAAGGUUUGGAUAUCGAUCGCUUCUGCCGCCUUUGCUUCGCUCGCCGGCAUUGUUAUCGUAUUGACAACUGUGCUCCAACGUACGCGCAUAGCCUCAUCAGUCAUUAUCCCUAUCGAAUGCUUGUGUAUGUGUGUUAUGGCUGCAGCCCUAGGCGUGUCUCUCAGCUUCAACAUGAGCCUCGCAACCUUCAGCAAAACACGUCUCGACACAGCAACAUCUCCAGACCUCAUAACGUUCGCGAUGCUGGUUGACCUUAGCCGGGGUUAUACUAUCGCAGCCGGCGCGGGAUGGUUCCUCUUCUUGAUCACGUUCAUCACGGCAACGAUUGAUGCAUGUCGUCGCGCCCGAGAGAAAGAGAGCUGCUCAUUUGAGCCCACGGCAUCGGCACUCGGUAUGGGUUACGGAUACGUCGCUGUUGUCCCGCCUCCUUCACGCAGUCGCGUACCAACCAUGUACGAUCCGCGCAUACCAUCGACUUUGAUCGAGCAAAAUGCGCACGGGAGAGCGUCGGUAGGCAAGGAUAUCGAAAUGGGACGCGCAGACUCGGUUCUUAGCCAGGAAGGCAGGAUUUCGUACGAAUUCGAGAAGGAAAUUUCCGGGCCGCUCAGUUUAGAGAAGCCGUCCAAGGUGCAGCAGAUGCGACCUUCGCGGCCAUGGAGUGAAGUACAUGAGGCACAGAACGCGGAUGAAGUGAUACAUGCCAUGUAG